GGAAAAUGGCGUCGAACCUCAGCAAAGUUGCUGGAAUGGGUUCGUGUAUUAACGGUCACGUUGUUCAAAACGACAGCGCGAUGUCGGAAGCACAAAUGGGACAAGAGAGAGUAGCCAUUCUAGAUGCUGGGGCGCAAUAUGGAAAGAUCAUAGAUCGCAGGGUCCGUGAACUAUGCGUGGAGUCAGAGAUGCUCCCCUUGGACACAUCUAUAUACACUAUAAGAGAAAAAGGUUUUAGGGCUAUUAUCAUCUCUGGAGGUCCAAAUAGUGUUUAUGCUGAGGAUGCUCCUAAAUACGAUCCAGCUAUAUUUACCAUUGGAAUUCCUGUCUUAGGGAUUUGUUACGGAAUGCAGAUGUUGAACAAAGAGUUUGGUGGGACUGUGAUGAAGAAAGAUAUCAGGGAAGAUGGACAGUUCAACAUCAAUGUAGAAACAUCCUCAGCACUUUUCAGAGGACUACAGUCAGAGCAAGAAGUUCUGUUGACGCAUGGAGAUUCAAUCGACCGCGUUGCAAGUAGCUUGAAAGUAAUUGCCAAGUCUGGUGACAUUGUUGCAGGUGUUGAGGAUGAGUCACGAAAGUUGUAUGGGGUCCAGUUUCAUCCAGAAGUUGAUCUCACAGAAAAUGGUGUUGUCAUGUUAAGAAAUUUCCUGUACGGGGUUGCGGGAUGUUGUGGAACAUACACUGUGAUAAGUCGAGUAGACACCUGUAUUCAGCAAAUCAAGAAGAGUGUUGGUAACAUGAAUGUUUUGGCAUUGGUGAGUGGAGGGGUAGAUUCAACAGUCUGUGCAGCUCUGCUUCACAAGGCCCUUCGUCCUGAGCAAGUUGUGGCAGUACAUAUUGACAAUGGAUUUAUGAGGAAGAAUGAGAGUCAGGAAGUAGAGGAAUCUCUUAAACGUUUAGGGCUUAGAUUGAAAGUUGUAAAUGCUGCAUUACGAUUUUACAACAGCACAACUGUAAUAUCUGGUAAAAAAGACCAAUCACCCGUUAAGAAACAGGUAACAAAAACCCUGAAUGUGACAACCGACCCCGAGGAAAAGAGAAGGAUUAUAGGGGACACAUUCAUCAAGGUUGCCAAUGAAGUGUGCAAAGAGCUAAACCUUGAUGAGACCAAUACGUACUUGGCACAAGGUACUCUUCGACCCGACCUUAUUGAAAGUGCUUCAUCACUGGCCAGUAACAAGGCAGAUGCCAUUAAAACUCACCAUAAUGAUACAGACUUUGUUAGAAGUUUACGCGCACAGGGAAGAGUCAUUGAGCCCCUGGUAGAUUUUCACAAAGAUGAAGUCAGAGCACUUGGAAGGGAGUUGGGUUUACCAGCAGACAUUGUUCAAAGACAUCCUUUCCCUGGCCCUGGUCUGGCUAUUCGUAUCAUAUGCGGUGAUGAACCUUAUCAGGGGAGCGACUUUGCGGAAACAAAUAUCAUCCUGGGACAGAUUGUAGACUUUGUUACUGCUAUUAAGAAGCCCCAUUCGCUGUUCAGUCGGGUGAAACUGAGUACAUCAGAAGACGACAGAGAGACCCUUUUGCAGAUAACAUCAAAAUACAAAAUUGGUGCCACCCUGCUGCCAAUCAAAUCGGUUGGUGUCCAGGGAGACGGGCGGACCUACAGCUAUGUGGUGGCUUUAUCGAGCAACGACUCACCCGACUGGAAAUCACUGAUGUUCCUCGCUAAACUAAUCCCCAAAGUUUGUCAUAAUAUCAACAGAGUUUGUUACACGUUCGGCAAGAGAAUCAAGUUCCAGAUUCAAGACAUCACCCCCACAUUCUUGUCACCAGGUGUAAUAAGCACUUUAAAACAAGCAGACCACGUGGCGUAUUCUGUCAUUCAAAAACAUGGUAUUGUAGACAAAAUAAGCCAAAUGCCGAUUGUUUUGAUACCAGUCCACUUCGACCGCGAUCCUAUCGACCACAUUCCAUCUUGUCAGCGGUCUGUUGUGAUCAGAACGUUUAUCACAAGUGACUUUAUGACAGGAGUGCCCGCUACACCUGGGAAGCAAAUUCCUAUCGAGGUUUUGAAUGAAAUGGUGGCAUCUCUGAAAGAAGUACAAGGAAUUUCACGAGUUCUCUAUGAUUUGACUUCCAAGCCUCCAGGAACGACAGAGUGGGAAUAGAAUAGAGGUUUAUUCUUUUCUCGGGAUAGUGAGAUUUUAAUUCUCUUUAUUUAAUAUCGAGAUUAAAACCCUUAACAUUCAUAGAAGUGUCGCUAGAGUGUAAUUGGCCAGACGGACAGAUACAAUAAAAAAUUGUUUUUUUUCUUAAAAAAAUAAUUUCGAAUUGUUAAAUGUUAACUUAUUUCCAACAUUUUCUUUCAUUCAUUUAUUUCUAAAAAUGGAAAAUUCUAUUAUUUUCAAUAACUCUUUUUUCUUUUUUACAAAUCUAAAACGAUUGUCGUAGGUAUCAAAAUUGACUUCAGAAGGUAACUUCCGCCUAAUAUAUAUGAGGGACCCUAAGCAGUCAGGACGGCAACGCCAAGGAAUACUUCGAUUAAAAAAUGGAUUUCUGCCUUUAAUUAGAAUUUCAAAAACGGCUGCAUGUGUUUACCGUCUCCUACGGCGCCACACCUCAACUUUAGCACAACGUAUAAAAGCGUUGAGUUCCGAAUGGAAAUUAAAAUAAUUUGCCGUCGCGGUUUCGGUUCGCAGACGAGCAGAUUGUGGUGAUUUCAUGUUAUUGUUUUGCAUGAGACGGCUAGGAAAUGUACAAAGUUUUAAAACGCACGUGCUAAGCUAUUGUUCGGCCAAUUAGAUCUUUUGUUUUUCCAUGACCUCGUUGCCGUCGCCGUCGUGGUUUGCUUAACGUCCCCAUUUUAACUUCAGUAAACGUUUGUAUAAUUUGGCGGUAAAAAGUUGGCUACAGCAAUUUGUGGUUAAUCUGUGUAGGCCACAAUGUAUUUUCUCGCGUUCAGCGUGAAGUACAAUUUGUUCUGUCAUGCCUCUCUACGUUUUGUGUCACGUUCCAUGGGUCGCAACGCACGUGAUCAAGUCGGGCAUCUUGAAACCUACAAACUUUUUCAUUUGCAAUUAGGAUUUGGAUCAUUUCUCAAUGUAGACAUGAGCUUUAAUGGAUACGUACAUAAUUUUUUUUCCUAAUUUUUGAGUCGGGAGGUAUAACAUAAUGAAUGGCUACAGGAAACAGUGAAUAUAUUAAGAGGAUCUCGGUCAAAAAUAACUCACUGGUCUCCUUCGGACCAGUCAAUAAUUGCUUAUUGUUCUUUAAUGUGGUAAAAAAUUCGCAUAACGAAUCGGUUUGUAAUAUAUAAGUGAAACCACUUGAAUAAAAGGCGAUUAACCUUGAA